UUGGAAUAAGCUGGAAAAAAAAAUAAUUAAGAUGAAGAAAAAAUAACUUCUGAGAAAUAGUUUUCAGUUGCUUCACAAGAAAAGCUUCCUUGUCCCUGAAGAAAUUAAAUACUUCAGCUACGACAGAUUCAGUUUAGUUUGAUCAAUGGACAACAACCAAGAGAGGAAGCGCCAAACGGACGACGACGAGAGGAAGCAGCAAGCCGCCUCCAGAAGGGUUCCUUUCCCUGAUCUUGAUCAAGUUCAUUCCGAUUUUGCUAUGGCAGUAGCUUUGCAGGAGCAAGAGAGGGCUUUCAAUAUCUUAACAAGCAUCGAAAGCGAUAGCGAAGAGGUGGAAACUGAUGAAGAGUCAAACAAUGGAAAUGAUUAUGAAUUCUUUGAAAACCAAGAACUGGAGCUUCUUGAAGGACAAGACAGCAACAGCGACGAAGACAUGGAAGAAGAAGAUGAUGAAGAAGACGAUAUCGACCCCGACGAGCUAUCCUACGAAGAGCUGAUAGCGCUGGGAGAGUUCAUAGGAGAAGAGAAGAGAGGAUUAUCCAUAGAAGAAAUUUGGAAAAGCUUGCGGCCAUGGAAGUAUGAACAAUGUGCAGAGAGGAGAAGUGGGAUUGAGAGAUGUGUGAUUUGCCAAGUGGAAUAUGAAGGUGGAGAAUCUCUGGUAGCUCUUCCUUGUGAUCAUCUUUAUCAUUCUGAAUGCGUAAUCAAUUGGCUUCAGGUCAAGAAGAUUUGCCCUAUUUGCUCCUCUGAAAUUCCUUCAACCAAGAAUCCUUGCUAGGGUUCUUCUUUAUUAUUUAUUAUUAAUUUGAAUAUUGUAUAUACAUGUCUGUAAAUAUUUCAACACUAUUUAA